UGGCCUUUGAUUUGUUGAUUGUUAAUUUUACCCUGUUUACGACUAUCUAGAAAAUUAAUGUCGUCUUAUGAAAUGUGGGAUCCAGUGGACUGGAUGCGCUUCAUCCAAACAUCUUCAGUCCGUUUAGCUAACAAAGGUUGACGUGGGCGUGAUGCGGAGAGCAGCCUUGGACGCAAAGCUUUGCCAGCCGCUGGUAUUCUUUGACUUGGAGACAACGGGGCUCGGUCCAAGUUGUGAAAUCGUUCAGCUGGCGGCAGUGAGCCGGGGUCACUCCCUCAACCUAUACACCGUUCCUCAGUGUCAAAUGCAACUCCGAGCUGCCAGAAUGACCGGCUUCAGGAUCCUUGGGCGCAGGCUGUACCUCCAUCGCCAGCCCGUCCUCACCAACUCCCUCCGGGAAAUCCUAGUGUCCUUCAUGGCUUUCCUCCGCAUGCUUGGACGGCCUCUCCUUAUAGGUCAUAACAUCACCCGCUUCGAUUGUCCAGUUUUGGUCAGAGCACUGAACAAGCUGGAUCUCCUAGCUGAGUUUCAGUCAGCCAUCUCAGGCUGCUUGGACACCCUACCACUAACCCGUGAAAUGUUGAAAGACUGCAGCGUCCAGAGUUUUAGACAAGAAAACCUGGUGAACGCGAUAUUAGGUGUGAAAUACAAAGCCCACAAUGCUUUAGAGGACGUGCGAGCUUUGCAGAUGCUCUAUAGUGUGCUUCAGCCUACAUCAGAGCUGGUCUGUAGAUUUACCUUUUGUUUUGGAUAACACACAAGUAAUAAACCCUUCUCACAGCCCACAGCUGCCGAAGCUAUAUUGCC